CCAUUCCAUUACCCGUCGGAAGAAGAGACAGUGGCAGACGUGCUGGACACAUCCCCCAGCACGUGUGCUCCUCCAACGACCUUCUUUCUCGCACACUCUUCGGCGUAGGCAACGCUUCUUCCUGCCGCCGCAGCGUGCCCAGCUCCCAGCUGACCAACCAAGCCAGCCCCACCAAGCCAACUCGCUGCCGCCGCCGCCGCCGCAAGACCGAUGAUCUCUCCAUGAGCUCUCUCGCACGACACAUCCCUCCAUCCACCUAGAUCCGCCAUUCCCUUCGACCUCUCCACUGCUCAUCCACCCCCGUUCCUCUCCUCCGUCCAUCGGCGUCCCUUCAACCUCUCCCACCCUCCGCCCCGCCAUGGCCGCCGAGACAGCCAACGGCUCGAUGGCGUCCAUCUCCGUCCAACCCCUCUCCCCGCCCGACGAAUCCCCUCAGAGCCCCUCCCGGCUCAUACCUCCGCCCUUCGAAGAGCAGCCUCGGAGGAAACUCAAGGGCAGAGCGCGGCUGCUCGCGGGACUACAACGCAUCUCUUCCUCCCAAUCCCUCUCACGUGCGGGCCACGCCAAUGCUCGUGGCUACAAUGGCAGCGGAAAGGGCUCCAUCUCUUGCAUCUCCCUCUCCUCCGCUCCUUCCCUCCUCAGCCCUCCGUACACUCCCACCCUCUCCGACGAGCAUUCCUACUUCCAUACCGCUCCAACAUCCGGCACCAGCACCCCCCGAAUCGCCCUGACUUCCCGCGAUGAACGCGCCCGGGUGAUACAUUUGAUCUCUGCCGAAGCAAAGAACACCGCUACGCUACCAGUGGAUCUCCGGCCCACCCCAAAGUCCCCUCUCGAGGCCGGAAUUGCCGAGGUGGAUGAAGACUACUUCUCGCGGCCCAUCUCCAAGCCCGCACAGCCCCUCAGAGACUUCAACUUCUGGCGAGACCUGCCCUCGGAACUCCGGAUGGGAAUAUUGAGCUAUCUCGACCCCCGUGAGGUGAUUCGAUGCUCCUCCGUCUCCAAGUCCUGGCAUGAAAUGUGCUUUGAUGGUCAACUGUGGGCGGUGCUAGACACUGCUUCCUUCUACCAACACAUCCCCGCCGAUGCUCUAGUCAGCCUCAUCACUUCUGCCGGUCCCUUCCUGCGUGAUUUGAACCUUCGGGGCUGUGUGCAGCUUCGUGAACGAUGGCACGCCCGAGGACUUUCAGACGCGUGUCGAAACCUCGAGAACUUUUGCCUGGAAGGAUGCCGCAUCGACCGGACGUCCAUACACAACUUCUUGUAUAACAACAGCCGUCUUGUACACAUCAAUCUGUGCGGUCUGGCGGGCACCACUAAUUCGGCCAUGAAGAUCAUUGCCGCCAACUGUCCCCGACUUGAAUUUCUGUCGGUCAGCUGGUGUAACAACGUGGACACGACCGGUUUGAAGAGAGUCAUCGCCGGCUGCCCCAAUCUGACCGACCUGCGUGCGAGCGAGAUCCGUGGUUGGGAUGAUGUUGAUUUUGCCCACCAAAUCUUCUUGCGCAACUCGUUGGAGCGGCUCGUGCUGAUGAAUUGCGAGUCUCUCACCGACGAAGCACUCGCCGUGCUGAUGGAAGGCAAAGACAGCGAAGUGGACUAUCUGACGGGCAGGCCGAUCGUGCCUCCCCGCAAGCUCAAACAUCUCGACCUGACUCGGUGUCGAGGCAUCACCGACAAGGGAUUGCGUACGUUGGUUGGCAACGUGCCCGAACUGGAAGGCCUGCAGUUGUCCAAAUGUCAUGGUGUUGUUGACACCAUGCUCACCGAGCUCUUCCCCACCACUCCCAACCUCACACACCUCGAUCUGGAAGAGCUGGACGAACUCACCAAUGCGAUGCUGCACAGUCUCGCAGGCGCCGCCUGCGCCAAGGGUCUCCAGCAUCUGAGUAUAUCAUAUUGCGAGAAUCUUGGCGACACCGGAAUGCUUCCCUUGCUUCAAUCCUGCACCAACCUUCGCUCGCUCGAGAUGGAUAACACGCGCAUCUCCGAUCUCGUCCUCACCGAAGCAGCUGCAAUGGUGCGACGACGUGCUCCACGAACGCUGGUUCAAGAGAAGCAAGGCCUCUUCCUACCCAAGACCGGACUGCGACUCAUUGCGUACGACUGCCAGAAUGUUACGUGGACGGGCGUGAGGGAGGUGCUUUCCCGCAAUGCCGAAUUCUCCGUCACCACGCACGCGGUAGAAUUGCCUCCUCUGGACAAGAGUACCACCGAAUCGUCCGCCGCGUCGUCUGUAGAAACACUGCCAUCCCCCGUCACACCUCCGCCACGCCUCCACAUUGUGAGGAGCACAUCAUAUCCCACCGAGGUGGUCAACCUGAAGUGCUUUUACAACUACCAGCCCACGGUGGAAGAGCACACCAAGAGAGUCAUGCGUGGUGAUUUCCUGUCUGCACGGCGGCUGGAGAGGAAGUGGGCGGAGUUCAUGAUGGCGCAAGAGGAGGCGGGAGCGGGGGGAGCGGGAAGCAGAAGGCGACGACGCCGGGUGCGUGAGGCGCAAAUGAUGCAUGCGGAUGAGGAGGAUGGAGCGGGUACGCCGGGGUCGGGCGUGGGUGGAGGGCGUAGAAGACGCGCGAGGAGUGGCGGGUGUGCUCUUAUGUGAAUAUGACACCAUUUUGGCGCAAUUUGAAUGGGCAUGAGUGGUUGGAGUCUGGAUGGUCACCAUUUGGAGAUGGGAGGCAUGGUCAUUUGGAUAUAGCGCGACAUAUGUGACGCGUUCACAAGGCUGUAACAAGCGGAUACGAAGAUCUCAAGCACUAUCAGUAUACAUCCUUGCACCCGUCUACAGAGAGCGCCACAUU